AUGUACGCAUCGCGUGCCUGCGGCAUUCGAAGGUCCGUGCAGGAUCUUCGCUCUCAGCUUGGGAUCCAGGCGAAGGAUCGUAACACGAAGCGUUUGGGUGUGGCGCUUGCUGCUUUCUGCGCUGCAACCGUAUGCAUUGGCGGGAUGCUGGUCAUUGCAUUUGUGGCUCUUCUGGCUGGUGAAGGAGCUGAUCCGAGUACGCCAAUGCCACCCAUCCCACUAGUGCCAUCGACUCCUGAUUUGCCAGGUCCAGCAGUUCGGGAUAUGAACCAGGAAGAUCUGAGCGACCUGACAUGGAAGCGGCUCCAGCGUUUGGAGGAGGCCUUUGCGAAGAUACCAGGUGGUCGUGCAGAUGCUGCAGCUGCUUUGAAGGCAGCGGAAGAAGCCCGUGACGCCGAGCAAAAGGCCUGGGCGGCAGCCAGAGCUGCAGAGACUGCAGCUCAACGGUUGGCAGGUGGCACAUCUCAGCCGCUGGCCGCGGCUGAUCCGACACUUGAUCUGGGAGUGGACUGGGCUGCCUGGAGAGCAGGAGCUGAGAUUGAUCACAGCCACACCACGCCGGGCCUGCACCGUGGUUUCUGGGGCCGGGCGGCGCGCAUCCUGACCUCGAUGGUUCCGAGCUGGCGCAUGUUGGUGACGGCCUCACAUCCACCGGAGGUGGUGCUGACCUGGGAGACAGGUCCACCAUCCAGGUGCUUUGCCGUGGAAGGAAGCACCGGCGCUAAGGUGUCCAUCAUCUUCUGGCGGCCCAUCCGUCCAAGUCAUGUGGCCUUAGAGCAGUCACCCAGCUGGGCUUUGGAUCCUCGAGCAAGCCCACGAGAUUUCGAGGUGCAUGCUUGGCCAACUGGCAUGGAUGAUCCGUACAGCAUGCAGAUUGGACGCUUCGAAUUCGAAGGAAGCAGUCAGGUCUUUAACCUCACAGCAGAUGUUGGCCUGGUCCGUGGUCUUCAAUUUCGAUUCCAGCGAAACUGGGGUGAGGAGCAUCAGACCUUGAUCUGCCGGCUGCGUGUCUUCGGAAAUCAAAAAGCCGAGACCGUGAUUUGCCUUCCCUGCGUGACGUGCGGGACGUGCGUGACGUGCGUGAUGCUUUCCCCAGAUCCAGAAGCCGCAGCGCCCGUAGCCGCAGCAGUCUCCGAAGACAUCGAAGUGUUGGACCAAGACACUGCAGAUAUCGUGGCAGAAGCCGCAGAAGCCGUGCUCACCGGCAAGCAGGAAUUCCAGAAGCUCAAUGUGGCGAGCGAUUUCCGAGACCUGAAGCGCUGGCUGGGCCAGCGAAAGCUGACGGAAUAUCUGACAUUUGCCCCAAUGGACAGUGAAGAAUUGCGCCAAACGAACUGUUCGAAUGAAACAGCCAUGUAUGCGAAGUACGAAAACCCAGAUUCGGGGAUGGCACCGGACAGUUCGUGGAGAACUGCGUAUCAUGGCACCUGGUUCUACUCGCUCCGCAAUGUGCUUUAUCAUGGCGUCCUCCUGGAGUCUCGGAACACGCAUAUAGGCCAUGAAUUCUGGGAACCAGGUGUCUAUGUGUCGCCCAAGUUCGAGACUGCCAGGGAAUACGCUCGAGCUCACCAAAUGUUUAAUGACGGGAACUACUACCGCUGUGUGCUGAAGGUGGUUUACGAUCCGGAUCAAGUCAAAAAAGAGCGAGAGAGAGGUGGCGGCCAGGUCGUGGUUCCAUCAUGCGCAGUUGCCAUCAUUGGCGUCAUCUUUUGUGCUGAUGAUCCACCAAGAAAAGGAGAGGAACGCUUUGAAAAUUGGAGCGAUGAUUUGGAAGUGAUCCCAGCGAAAGAGAUCGCGAAAGAAGAAUUCAUCAAAGAUCAGAGGGAACAAGAAUCUCUGCAACCGCAGACCUCACAGGAGGUUCAACCCAAGCCAGAGGAGGCCAAGGUGUCGCAGAAUUCCGUGGAGGGAUCUGCCAGAUCUGGGAGAUCCUCCAAGGAGGAUGAGAAUGAUGAGAAAGUUGUGGAGAAAUCCAAGGAGCAAACAGGUUUGCGGGACUUCUUUGGCCAAUAUCGCCGUCCCGGUCAAGCCGGUCCACCCGGUCCACCCGGUCCACCGCGCGGUCAACCCCGUCGCGGGGAUCACGCUGAUGGUGGCAAUCGCCGCAGCCGCAGUCCAAGAACGAGAAUGCCACGGAGGCAUGACAGUCUGGUCAAGUUGGCCACGUGA